AUAGGAUAAGUAAGUGAUUCCUAUCUGCGAGUAGUGGCAUACCGUCUCUCGUUGAGCGAACAUUGCACCAGUCGACCGGCUGAUUUCUACAGGAAAGAAUCCAAAGGAAUGUCCUUAACCUUAUUGGCUGCUGUCAGCAUUGUGCUGAUGGCGGAUGCAAGUCCCGAUCCAGAUAUUUCUGGAGGUUCUUCGGAAAUCAACUCUGCAGUAGAAGACCCAUCGCCAACUUUGCUUCCUGGUCUACUGUACCCAAGAGAAAGCGAAUCUCGAGAGGUAAAAUCAUUGGAUGGAAUGUGGGACUUUUUAGUGUCACCCGCAGGACAUGCACUCAAGGGAUAUAAGGAAGCUUGGUAUGCUGAUGAACUUUCUAAAGCUGGUAAAGUUAUGCAAAUGCCAGUGCCUUCGUCUUAUAACGAUAUCACGACUUCUCGAGAACUUAGAGAUCAUGUGGGUGCUGUUUGGUACGAAAGAACCUUUUUUGUACCAGCUUCCUGGCGUGAGCAACGUGUUUUUGUCAGAUUUGGAUCGGUGAAUUAUCUCGCCCAAGUGUGGCUUAACGGUGGGUUGUUAACCAACCACGAGAUGGGACAUUUACCAUUUGAGGCUGAAAUCACCUCUCACCUGAAUUACGGAGGUAAAAACAGAAUUACUGUAGCUGUUGAUAACACCCUUCUUCAGACUAGCGUUCCUCAAGGAAAAAUUGUUGAUACUUCAUCAGAUAAUGGAACCGUGCAUAUACAAAGCUACACUUUUGAUUUCUUCAAUUAUGCCGGAAUACAUAGACCAGUAUUACUACACACAAAACCUCGCGUCUACGUUGAGGAUAUCACCGUAAGCACUGGUCUAAUAGGAGAUAUGGGAGUAGUAAAAUAUAUUAUAAAAACCGCUGGUCUGCGAGAAAAAGAAGUGCCAGUUUGCAGAGUAAUACUCUUAGAUAAAGAGAAUACCUUAGCAAUCAAGGAGCCUAUUUAUUCCAUGCGUGGUACACUAAAAGUUCCUGUCGCUAGGCUCUGGUGGCCUAGAAGUAUGGAUCCAAGCCCCGCAUAUUUGUAUACUCUUGAGGUCACUAUAUCAGUACAGAAUUCUACCAAAGCUGACGUUUAUAGGCUACCAAUUGGCAUCAGAACUCUGGAAUGGACUAAUACCAGCCUUCUUAUAAAUGACAGAAUAGUAUACUUACGUGGUUUCGGAAGACAUGAGGAUUCCGCACUUAGAGGACGUGGUCUUGACUUAGUAACCAUGACCAGAGACUAUGAAUUACUUCAAUGGGUAGGUGCUAAUGCGUACAGAACGAGUCAUUAUCCCUACAGUGACGAAGUUUUAGACAUGGCUGAUAGACUCGGUUUUCUAAUUAUUGACGAAUGUCCAUCAGUGGAUACAGAAAACUUUUCACCAACGUUAUUGCAGCGGCACAAGGAUUCAUUGUCUGAGCUUAUCAGAAGGGACAAAAAUCGUCCAUCUGUUAUCAUGUGGUCUAUCGCUAAUGAACCCAGGACACAAUUACCUGAGGCUGAGAAUUAUUUUAAGGAAGUGGCUCAUCACACUAAGACGUUGGAUCCAUCUCGACCAAUUACUAUAGCUAUCGCGCGUGGAUCUAGUGAGGAUAAAGCUGGUCAAUUUUUGGACAUUAUCAGUUUUAACAGAUAUAACUCUUGGUACCAAAAUACUGGACGAUUGGAUAUGAUUAUUGAGCGAGUUGUAUCAGAAGCUGAAUCAUGGCAUCAUAAGUACAACAAACCAGUCCUCAUGUCCGAAUACGGUGCAGACACUAUGCCCGGUUUACAUGAGCUACCAAAUUAUGUAUGGAGUGAAGAAUAUCAGGCGGAAGUCCUUUCUAAACAUUUUGAAGCUUUUGACAGGCUUAGGAUGAGAGGUUACUUCAUUGGCGAAUUCAUUUGGAAUUUUGCUGAUUUUCGCACAGCACAAACCUACACGAGGGUAGGUGGAAACAAAAAAGGAAUUUUUACGAGAGAUAGGCAACCAAAGAUGGCAGCUCACCUCGUGAGAAGGAGGUAUCAUUCUCUAAAUGUAGAAUUAGACGGAACUGAACUACCUAGUGAUCUCGAAAAUUAUGUUACAUUUUAUUAUUCUCGUCGUAGUGAACUUUAACAGUGAUAAUUGACAUAACUAUGAUAAAUGGUGUAGACUGAAAAAAAAACUUUUUUUCAAAGUGAUAACAAAUUCUUGUCAAAAGUUUGUAUAUUAUAUAAUCAACAAAAACCAAAAUUUUAAUCGAAUAAUACCUGGGGGAA